GUUUCCUCGUCAAUUUUUCGGCGACUUGCUCUUUGGGCAUUGCAUGGAUGCUCUUUCAUGCCUUGCUUGUGUUUCAUCGAAAGCAGAAGAAGUCAGAAGACAAGAAAUAAGAGAUACACUGGGAAUCAUACAGUACAGUACUAUCAUAGUUUCGUCGAAAGCAGAAGAAUUCAAACGACAAGAAACAAGAGAUAACACUAGCUAGCUAGCAAGCCUCAUCAAACAAUACGGUAGCAAUGUCGCAACAAGAAAUAGAAAUAUCUCAGUCCAAAGAUGGGCGGCCCGAACCAUUCGUGGUCAGUUUGUACAGCAUGCAGGAAGCCAUGAUGGAACGGGAAAACUCGUCACUCUCCCAAUCCAAGUCGGGGCAAUCGCAACAGUCUGCCCAUGUGGUUGUCAAAGAAAACACAUAUGUGGCAUUGGGAGGCGCCGCCUUGGUAGAUGACUCGCCUCUGACAAGAAACGAAAUCAUGACGAUCCGACGAAUACUCAACAGCAAUCACCAGGACCGGAUAUUCUCGUCGGCUUCUACCGAAUCGACGGAUGCCAACAGCGAAUACAGUGAAUUCCCAGAAACCACGCACGCAUGGGCCGUGUUUGCGGACAAGCCGCAACGAAAUGCCAACAAUGUUGAUCGAUUUGUGGGCACAACAAUUAUCAUGUUCCAACUGCUCUCAUACGCGCUCUUUGUCAUGGAAGCGAUCGAGGACUAUCAAAGAGGCGUGGUGCCCGUCAUGACGACACACGACAAUUGCCAAGAAGAAGGUGAAAAUCCAUACAACAACUUUAUUUGCGAAGCCGAAGUGACGAGCCAUUUUGAUGCCUUUGUGGCAUUUUCCAUGCUCUCCAUCUUUUUAACGCCCGAUAUCAUGCAAGCCUUUCGUGCCGUACGAUCGGCGCCGUUUGGUCCCACCAUGUUCUUUGCUGGAUUGGCCGCCAUUGAGGUGAUUGGCGCGUUCCUUGCCGCCACCGUGGCGAUCAGUUACCAAUUGUUCAUUGGGGAAGUGACGGACGCCAUUGAAGUCGGAGUGGGACUCUUGUUUGUUCGUGAGCUCAGUGCUCGUGCCUAUCAUGGUAUCCGACACAAGGGAGUCAAACAAUACAAGUCCUAUGCCCUGGUAGUGACAUGCCUGCUGGGCAUUGGGUUCAUCAUGGAGACACUUUGCGAAAACACCUUGUCAAACCAGAGAAUGGAAGCUUACGAUGACAGACAAUAAGAAGCUGCUGGCACUGGCACUACUUUGAAUUAUGACGUUUGAUAGCAUGCGUCGACCGUGAAUACCACUUCCAGGAGAGCGUAAGGCAGCCGAUGCUCGCACCCAGCUAGUAGCCUUGCUGAAGUAAAACGUGUGUGGUCGUACCGUACUGUAAAUUGAAAGCAUAUUUAGUUUAGAGAACCUCAUUGUUGGACUCUCUCAAGAGUUGUAAUGACUAUUCCUAUUAGUUCACGAUGCAUAGCUAGGCUCAGUGUGAAGUAGACCUGG